AUUUGAACCAUUUCGACCUACAACAUCUGAAGGCUGGGCUGAGCGGGUAUUCGAAUGCGCUCGUUAAGCUUGGUUGAUCGUGUGUUUUUUAAAGAUAUCUAUACCAGUGACUCAUGUAAUCUGUGCUUAUAUGAUGUGGACAAUGAUGGGGAUAAUGAAUUAAUAAUUGGCUCUUGGGAUUCUGGACCCUUACUGGAAAAUGGAGAAGCCAAUGCAGCAAAUAGUGAGGGUUCUGUCCACGUAUUAAAGUAUAGGAAGAUAUGGAAGGCAUCUUAUCAUCUUGGCAUGGUUUCCUGUGUUACAGCAGGUAGUAUAUACAAACCCGAUGAAACAUGGAUCAUAGCUUUGUGCUCUGAUUCACACUGUUAUGCAUUUGAUGCUUGUGGUCUUGUUCCAGAAUCUGAAAAUAUUUCAAGUAAAUCUAAACAAAAAAUUAACGCUCAUGGUUCUUCAAAGGCUGAUCAAACUGUCAAAACAGAAGUUGAUACAUUGAAAAUGGUUCAUCAUCAAGAAUUAGCCUACAACGCCAAAGAUGUCUGUAUAUUUAAAGAAGGAGAAAUCGCCGUAGCUCAUUCUGAUCGUGUUGUUCGAUUAUAUUCAUGGUGUUCAUUUAAAACAACUGAUGAUAAAUCUAAAAUAUUAUCAAAUAAAAUAUCAAAUUUAGGAGAAUUUAUUCUAUUAAUAAAAUGGGAAUUAGCUGGUCAGGUCAACCGAAUCGAUACAUGCCUAACACAGGAAUAUGGUCUUAUUCUUAUUGCUUCACAACCAAGUGGAGGAUUUGCACAUUUACAUCGAAAGUUCGAAAAAUACCACGAUAUGGUUGCACCAAUCUUGACUUAUUAUCCUCCACGUAUAAGCAAUUCAAAUAAUUUAGAAACACGUACAUGGCUUAUUGGUAAUGUAAAUCAUUCAAAUGAUACUAAUACUAUUAUUGACUCAAAGAAAAUAUCACGUUUACUUUGUUUAUGUACAGCUGAUGGUCAUAUGAGACUUGUUGAUCCAACAAUACAUAAUAAUAGUAAUGAUAAUGAUGAAUCAAUUAUAUGGUCUAUUCAAGUACAUACACGUAGUGAAUUAUUUGCAUUGUGUAAAAUGAAAUUAACUAAAGAUGAUGGUGAUCAAUUAGUUGUUUGUUCAUGGGAUGGUACUACUUAUAUCUUUGAUAUAAAUAAUAAUUCAUUAUGUUUUCCAUUAGGACGUUCAUGUCAAGCAUUUAUAGCUGGAUUAUAUGCUAUAGAACCUGGUAGAAAUUCUCCAGUAUUAAUUUAUUCAACAUUUGAUCGUAAUACAUUAAUUUAUUAUAAUUUAUGCUUAAAUAAUAUUGCUAUACAUAGUUUACAUAAUACUAUAUUAAAUGAUUAUGGAUUAGUGAAGAAAUUUCAAUCCAAAAAUGUUGAUCCAUACGAUUCAGUACAAUUGUCUAAAGCAAUUCAUUAUAUACUAUAUGAUUUACCUAAACAAGAAACUCAUCCAUUACAAUAAGUUCAAUCGGAAACAUUCAGACUUUUUCUGGUUGGAAAGUGAAACAACAUAAACUCAGUAUUACUUUGUAAUAUUACACUUUUUUUUGUUUUAGAAAAGAAAAAAAAAACGUUCACCUCAUUUUUUAUUAUGAUUGUUCUAAUUAUUUUUAAUAAAUAAUAAGCAGAAAUA